CGUGGAAAGAGAGAGAGGGAGAGCGCAAGGGGCGUGAAUGGUUUCUUUCAGUCCGUCCUCCUCUCUCUGAAUCUUCAGUUCUCCUCUAACAUGGCUGCGCUCUCAGCCUGGUUCUGGAACGAGCGCUUCUGGCUUCCGCACAAUGUCACUUGGGCGGAUCUGGCCGACCCGGCGCCCGGGCUGGAGUACCCGAAAGCCGGACACUUGAUCACCGCGCUCCCGCUGGCACUGGGGAUAUUCGCAGUACGGAUCUUCUUCGAAAGGUUUAUCGCUGGUCCAUGUGCCUCUGUUCUUCAGAUCCAGACAGAAGUGGGCCGGAGAGCUCAACCCAAUGCCGUUCUGGAGAAAGUGUUUACAUCUAUUACAAAGUCUCCAGAAUCACGCCAUCUAGAAGGUCUGUCCAAACAACUGGACUGGGAUGUUCGUAAGGUCCAGAGAUGGUUCAGACACAGGCGGAACCAGGACAAACCUAGCACACACACCAAAUUUUGUGAGAGCAUGUGGAGGUUUACCUUCUAUCUGUGUAUAUUUACUUACGGCAUGUGUUUCCUAUGGCAGUCUGUCUGGAUGUGGGACACGAGGCAGUGCUGGUUCAAUUACCCAUAUCAGGUGCUGACCCCAGGCCUGUAUUAUUACUAUAUAACAGAACUGGCCUUUUACUGGUCGCUAAUGUUCUCACAGUUUAUAGACAUAAAAAGAAAGGAUUUUCUCAUUAUGUUCAUUCAUCAUCUGGCGACAGUCAGCUUGAUCAGUUUCUCAUAUGUAAAUAACAUGGUGCGUGUGGGCAGUCUGGUCAUGUGUGUUCACGACGCCUCAGACUUCCUGUUAGAGGCUGCGAAGUUAGCAAACUACGCCAAAUACCAGCGAUUAUGUGACGGCAUAUUUGUGGUGUUUGGAAUAAUCUUCUUUGUGACAAGAUUGAUCAUUUACCCCUUCUGGAUCCUAAACACUACGCUCUUCGAGAGCUGGGAGAUUAUCGGGCCGUACCCGUCAUGGUGGCUCUUCAACGUCCUGCUGCUGGUGCUGCAAGUGCUGCACAUCAUCUGGUCUUACCUCAUCGCACGCAUCGCCUUCAAAGCCCUCAUGAGAGGAAAGGUUUCUAAAGACGAACGCAGUGACAUUGAAAGCAGCUCGGAGGAGGAAACCGAAACGCCCAACAAGGAGCGACUCAAGAAGUCCGCACGCAAUCACUACUCAUCACCCAAAGGAGAAAACGGCACGAACGGCCAUUAUGGCUCCAAAUCCUGGAGCCAGAACCAUAGCGACUGGUGACGCACAGAACUCUUCCUCAUCCUUAUACCUCCUGUUCCAAACCAAAAAAUGAAAAACUAAAAAAAAAAACUAGGACAAUCCUCUUUUGGGAUAUUUAUGAGACACAGUUUGUGGAGUUUUUCCAGUGAUGAUGACAGUGACGGACGGUAACGUUGACAAUGUGGGCACUAUACGAAGCUUGUGAAAGAGAAAACAAGACGAAUGAGAGAAAAGAAUUAAAUUAGUGAUAUUUGCAUUCCCUUGUUUCCUUGUUUUGGGAGUUGAGAAGAGCUUUGGCGUUCUUUCUCCGAUCUUCACGUUUUACUGGAGGUCAGGGAAAAUCCUUCUCUUCAGAUUUUAUCUGUCUGAUGUACUUGAGUUUCCAUUUACAAUUAUUGUUUCAUUGUUUGUUUUGGUUACUGUUGUGUUUUUAAUUCGUUUCUGUUCUGUUUUUCAUUUUGCCUUCUUUUUUAUUUUGGAAAAACCAAAUAAGAUUAUUAAAAUAAAAGCUGGGGCUUUGUCUUACAGUGA